AUGAAUAACUUUAAUCCUAAUAUUCAUUUUCCACCUCCACCACCGCCUCCUCCCAUGAAACCCAUGGAUAUGGAGCAACAGCAUGUCAUGGUUCAGUCAAUGGUGGAUUCCUACGAUGACGAUAUGCUUAAAAUGGCCCCGCCAAACUUCGUUCCUCAACCGCCGCCAGGGCCACCGCAAGCAAUGGGAAUACCGCCGCCUCCACCAGGUCCAAUGGUACACGGCCAUCCCGUAAACGCACAACAUACUAUGGUUAUGGGCGGAAUGAUGCCGCACAUGAAUAUGCACCCAGUACCGAGCAGGCAUCUGAUAGACCCAUACCUGGCGGCAGAAAUAUCAUCUAUCGUACACACACUGUCCACAUCGCAACUAAUUUACGUUCUGGCGUCUCUUAAAAAAUUCCUGAAGCACGCUCCAUCCGAAGCAAGGAGGUUCCUGCUCAAUAAUCCGCAACUUACAUACGCGCUGUUGCACACCCAGUUCAUCCUGGGUGGUCACGAUGAAACGAUAUUGCCACUAUCUAGAAUGGAUCAUGAAAUAUCACAGGUAAAUAAGAUGGAAAGGUCAAUGCACCUGAAGCCGUUCCACAACUUAUACGAAGAAGCAACUGGACCAGUUGAUCAACGACAAUCAUAUUCUACAACACAAAUAUAUGGCACAAGCGAACAAGUUGUCAAUCAACAAUUAACACCUGAAAUGCCGAAAUACGAACAGAAUAUGUAUCAGGAAGAAGCAUAUUACCCACAGCAGCAGCAGGUGGCAAAAGGCCAAGGAGCUUCACAGGCUGAGAUAGAAGAGUUGAUGAAUCAGGGAAUAUACCCGGCAUCGGCGGCACUUGUGGACGAAGUGAUCAAGAAUCCGGAGAUUCUAACGAACAUUCAAAAGGCAACGAGACAGGAAAUGACGUCAUGGCCUGAGGAACAGAAGCAGCAGGUCUUAUCGAUUAAAAUAGUAAGGAAUGUUGUUGAUAUAGACACUCAGGCACUGCACAUGAGAGGAAUAUCGGUGAAUUUGUAG